GCUUCCCUAAUCCCCAAACACGUGCCUUACCAUCUCUCGUUGGUUCUUUCAGUCUCUCAAUUCUCUUUUGGGGUUUCUUCUCUCUCUCUCUCUUGCCUGCUACUAGCUGGCUCUUGUCUCUCAACAAGUACACAAACGUGAAAAGCUGUGAUGGAGGCCCUUGGUUCUGUGGACGACCUCUUGGAUUUCUCAUCUGACAUAGGUGAGGACGAUGAUGAUGACAAACCUAAGAAAGCCUUUCCUUCACUCAAACCAGAAUGCAGUGAUCCACCUUCGCUCAAUCCAUUGGCCCUGGAUGAUCCCAUCAAUUCACUUUCUGAGGAGGUUGCAGAAGAGGAGCUUGAAUGGCUGUCCAACAAAGAUGCAUUUCCGGCUGUUGAAACAUUUGUUGACUUGUCCUGUAUUCAACCGGAUCUUUUGAAGCAUCAAAUGACAUCCCCAAUGCUCGAGAACAGCACAAGCAGCAGCAACAGCAAUAACAGUUCCAACAGCAUUACCCUCUUAAGUGGCUACAAUCACAUGAAGUUCCCUGUCCGUGCACGGAGCAAGUCUCGUAGCAAGCCUCGCCUUGGCCUUGCUGAUGCCUCAAACCUGCAAUUCCCAUGGAAACAACCGAGUACCAAAACUUCCAAAGAGAAAGUGAAACAAACCCCAACCAUCGGGAGGAAAUGUCAUCAUUGUGGAGUUGAUGAUACUCCACAAUGGCGUGCAGGUCCAAAUGGCCCAAAGACGCUUUGUAAUGCAUGUGGGGUUAGGUAUAAGUCUGGCCGACUUGUACCUGAAUACCGUCCUGCAAAUAGCCCAACUUUUCGCAGUGACGUGCAUUCUAAUUCCCACAGGAAAGUAGUGGAGAUGAGGAAGCAGAAGGGAAUGGGAACGGGUUGAAAGUCAUUGAUAAAAUGAAAAGUGGACGUGUAACAUUUGCUUCUAGCAUUUAGCAUGCUAAAAGUUAGGAUUUUGGUUUUCUUUUUUACUCUGAUUUAUUUUAAUUGAAAUUUUAGUCCAUUUUUGCUGUGGGAUGUUUUAGAUGAGCAGUGAAAAUUUUAGAUUAAAAUUUUGCAGUUAGGGAGGCCUUAAAUCAUUUGCUUGUCAAAUUCAGUUUUUUCAUUUUUUAUUUUUUGAUUUGACUGUUUUUAUGCUGGUAACAUGUACUUUGAUUGAGAAUUAGGGAGAAGAUGAGUUGCAAUGAGUGACUUGAUCCAUUCAUUAUGCUUAUCUGAACUAAUUCUAGGUUGAUGGAUAGUGGUGUAGUAAAAUUUUUGAGGAAUUUAGGUUCCAUUAUUAUUUGAUACAUCAUUCAUAUUUUGAAGGGAUAAAAA